GGGUGUGAGGGGCGGGGCUGCCGCCGACUGGGCUGUUCCGACGAGCGCGCGCCGCCCCCGCCGCGCCCCGCGCCCGCCCUUGCUAGCAGGCACCUUCCGCCCCCUGCAUUGCUGAUGCUGCUGCUGGCAGACAUGGACGUGGUGAAUCAGCUGGUGGCUGGGGGUCAGUUCCGGGUGGUCAAGGAGCCCCUUGGCUUCGUGAAGGUGCUGCAGUGGGUCUUCGCCAUCUUCGCCUUUGCCACAUGUGGCAGCUACAGCGGAGAGCUUCGGCUGAGCGUGGAGUGUGCCAACAAGACGCAGAGUGCCCUCAACAUCGAAGUUGAAUUUGAGUACCCCUUCAGGCUGCACCAAGUGUACUUUGAUGCACCCACCUGCCAAGGGGGCAACACCAAGGUCUUCCUAAUUGGGGACUACUCGUCAUCCGCUGAAUUCUUCGUCACUGUGGCUGUGUUUGCCUUCCUCUACUCCAUGGGGGCCCUGGCCACCUACAUCUUCCUGCAGAACAAGUAUCGCGAGAACAACAAAGGCCCCAUGAUGGACUUCCUGGCCACGGCAGUGUUCGCCUUCAUGUGGCUCGUUAGCUCAUCUGCUUGGGCCAAAGGCCUGUCCGAUGUGAAGAUGGCCACCGACCCAGAGAACGUUAUCAAAGAGAUGGCUAUGUGCCAUCAGAAAGGGAACACAUGCAAGGAAGUGAGGGACCCUGUGACUUCGGGACUCAACACCUCAGUGGUGUUUGGCUUCCUGAACCUGGUGCUCUGGGUUGGCAACCUCUGGUUCGUGUUCAAAGAGACAGGCUGGGCCGCCCCGUUCAUGCGCGCACCUCCAGGCGCCCCGGAAAAGCAACCAGCACCUGGGGAUGCCUACGGCGAUGCGGGCUACGGGCAGGGCCCCGGAGGAUAUGGGCCCCAGGACUCCUACGGGCCUCAGGGUGGCUACCAACCCGACUACGGGCAGCCAGCGGGUGGCGGUGGCGGCGGCUACGGGCCUCAGGGCGACUAUGGGCAACAAGGCUAUGGCCCGCAGGGAGCGCCCACCUCCUUCUCCAAUCAGAUGUAAUCUGGUCAGUGAAGCCCACGAAGACCCCAUGGGUGGGCAAGAGCUCAAGAGAAGGCCUGCCCCCCUUCCCAUCCCACACCCUAGGUCUCCACCCCUCAACCCGGGAGACCCUAACUGUCUUUGCUGUUUAUAUAUAUAUUAUAUUAUAUAUAAAUAUCUAUUUAUCUGUCUGAACCCUACCCUCACCCACUUCUCCAUGCACUAGGGGCCCAGUCCUGAAUGGGCUCCUCCCUUACCCUGCCCUUGCAUUCCUCAGCCCCUAUCUGUUCCCUAGCCCUGUCCCUUGAGGUAAGGGGGCUCUAGAAAGAGGACAGGAAGGGGACCAGACCUUGGCUGCAUGGAGAGGGUCAGUGUGGCUUUUCCUUUCCUUCUCUCCCUCUGCUCCUCCUAACUCUGGCCUUGGUUCCUCCAGCACCGCCUGAACAGAAGCUAGAAUGGAGUCCAACCCCAAGAGUAGGACAGUGGUUUGGGUGGGGAUAUGGGAGAAACAGGUGGAGCGGGGAGGAAGUCUGGAUAGCGAAGACUAGUCAGCAGAGAGUUGACUUCCAGACAUGCUGGACGUGGAACCUAAAAGGGUAGUGAUGUCCUACAGGAUUCUGGACCGGGCUGGAAGGGACCGAGGCAGUGAUUCUGAGAGGGGCGUGGCUGUAACACACGGUGGGCUCUGAGUGGGCCCGCCUGGGUUGGAACCAGCAUCUCUGGAAGGGUUGUGUCUUGAAACAUGCAGGAGUCGGUGUUUGAUUCCAAAGAGCUUGAGAAGGGAUAGAAAUGGGGUUCAGGAAUGAUCUAAGCUUGAGAUGAGGUCCUGGUCAGGAUUCCCGACAGGCAUAUGAAGAGUAUGAGGAGUGUGUGAUGGUUUCAGAAGGGGAAGCCCUUCCUGUAAUGGGGCAGUAAAGAAAAUACGUUUCAAAUGAGUGGGGUUUGAGCAGUGGGUGUGGGCGGCCGUAGUUAGGAGCUGUGAGAGCAGUUUUGUUAAAAGUAGGAGGGAGAAUACUCCUGGCCCCCUGGGAACUGAGGUAACCUGGGAAGAGCCAAGUAUUGUGGUUUGGAGGGUGAGGGGUGGGAUCCAGAGAGAAAUGUCCCUGGCUCACCCCCUCAAGAGACAGCUAGAUUAUCAGAGGACAGAGUCUACAGGUCUGCGGGGCUGACCCACCCUCUCCCCCCCCCUCUACCCUCUCCCUCCACCCUUCCAUGUGUCCCGGAAUACUUGGAGGCUGGGUCUGGAGCCCCCACCCUGUACCCUCUGCUGUGUCUGUGAUGGUGGUAGUGCCUGUGAUCGUGUGUAUUGCCAUUUUGUCUGACUGUGGCCCCUCCCUCUUCCCUCCAGACCCCCCUACUUUCCCUUCGGUAUUGUUUGAAGACUCCCUCCCCGAGGAAGAACAAAUACGAGAAAUUCCCUUCUCCCAAAUAAACUCCUCAACCACCUA